GGACAAGAGGUCACUGUGACUGAAACGACCGUUAUAGAGAUCACGUUAUCGCCGUCAUUGAGCAAUCUUGCCCAAGAUAUCGCGCUUCCCACAGGCCCAAAAGAUACACGCCGAAACUCUGUGCAUAAUUUCGAUCCAGGCAAUUUGUUUCUAAAGAAUACCCCUCUGCUCUAUCUCAUCAACCAAAGAAGACAACACCAUGACAGACGAAAAUGAACCAACCCCUGUCACUGACGGAGAAGAAUACGAAGAAGAAGAGGUUGUGGAAGACGAAGUGGAAGAAGAGGUUGUGGAGGAGGAAGAAGAAGUAGAGGAGGAAGUGGUGGAGGAGGAGGAAGAAGAGGAAGAGGUUGUCGAGGAGGAACCGGCUGCUGCCCCAGCCCCACCACCGCCUGCUGCUCAACCCAGAUCAUCUGAUGCAGAUGAUACGGAAAUCAACCCUCACGAGUGGAGCAAACCAGAUUGGACCAAAAAGCCAGUUUUGAAAGAAUCUGAGGUCGGAGAAGCGGCCAAGUCUGGAAUGAACUUGGCUGCCGAGAUUACACAUGUCAACAAGGAGAAAGAUGAAGGACGUGAUGUCAACUACGACGCGAAUCCGCUCUAUCUAAAGUCCACCGACAAGGGAAGUGAAGCCCGUGCUACAGGAGAUUUGCAAGCUCCCAUUACUAACAUUAGGGAAACCGGAGAUGACAAGUUGGCCUGGCAGAAACCAGACUGGGCCAAGAAAGGACCCAAUCUCAAGGGAACCGGAAAGGAUGCUGCGGCAGAUUUGCAAAAACCCAUUACUAACAUUGCCGAUGAAGCAGAAGGCGACGACAAACUGGCCUGGAAGAAACCAGAUUGGGCAAAAAAAGGACCAGGCUUGAAGAGCACUGGAAAGGGAGGACAGACUGAUCUACAGACUCCUAUCACCAACAUCAGUGAGGUGGCCGAAGGAGAUGACAAGCUUGCCUGGAAGAAACCAGACUGGGCCACAGGUGGCCCGAAACUAAAGUCUACGGCGAAGGGGGAAAAACUGAAGGAAAAAGGAAACUUGGAGAGGCCCAUCACCUUCCCGAAAGGGAAGAACUAGAGGGGUCCACUGCAUUGUUGUUCACCUUCUUUGAUCUGAGACUUGACGCCGCAGAAUUAUACAAAUGGAUGUACCGGCCAACGGUUUAGCUUAUUCCAACCAAUUAACAUAGAACUGGAUUGAUUUUUCACAUCUAGGACUUGUCUAUCUUCUCUGUCCUCACAGUUGGGGCCUACAUGCCACCGCCGAGUAUUCACUAGUUUCAGGGCUUGUUGAGCAUGCACCAAACUGAAGCAUCCUUGUGGCAGAUGGAGUUUCUAUCGGAA